AUGUUCAACACCAUACUUUUCUUGCUCUCUCUGAUUGCAGCUCCCACAUGGGCCUUCCCCGUCUCCACAAAGCCUGCCUUCAAUUGGGAGACGACCAAGUAUUUCUAUGCUUUCGGCGACUCUUACACAUUCGUUGGGGGCACGAAAGGCUACCCGAAGUUCAGCUUCAUAGGAAGUGCGCUCAACUUUUCGUACACUCCGGUGGACCUGUUGGAGGACGAGAUCCAAUUCAAUGUGACCGCCUCGGACGGUCCUACUUGGACCGAGUACCUCACUGGGUGCUUCCAAGGCCGUCCCGCCGACUGCAGCCCGCAUCAGCUGUGGAACUUCGCGUUCUCGGGCGCGGACGUUGAAAAAUCGCUGAUCCCCCUCCACCACAACUUCUCCGUCGACCUCGUCGACCAAGUGCGCGAGUGGGCCACGUACGGCUCCGACGUCGUCCCCCAUCCCGCGAACGAGACGCUGACCGCGUUCUGGAUCGGCAUCAACGACACCGGCGACACGCUCGUGAACACCACACUCGACUACAAGGCGUUCUGGGAGAAGGAGAUGGACGCCCUCUUCGGCGCAGUGCAAACCGCGUACGACCACGACCUGCGCGGCGCCUACCUCUUCGUCACCGUCCCGCCCCUGGACCGCUCCCCGGACCACCUGGGCACGAGCAUCGCGCCGACGUACCGGCAGAACAUCCUCGACUACAACGCCGCGCUCCUCGCGCACGCCGCCGCGUUCGGGCGCGCGCACGCGGACGUGCACGUCCUCACGUUCGACGCGCACGCGUUCUUCACGAGCGUGCUCGACAGCGCGGCGAGCUACGGGUUCACGAACAUCACUGGGUUUUGCGAGUGCCACGACCCGACGUACUUUUGGUGGAACACGGGGCACCCGACGUCUCACGUUCACCGGCUCUUGGCUGGAGCUAUCGAGAAGGAGUUGAUCCGAGCAUCUGGACGCUGA